AAAAAGUAAAGGGCUUACAAAUUUUAAAUUACCAAAUAUUAAAGUAAUGAAUAAUUUGACAACACAGGCAAGCACAAUUGAAGAAAAAAAAAUAAAUAUAGAUGGAGUUAGUAUUAACUAUGCUAAGGCUGGGGUAGGGGAGCAUGCAGUACUUUUAUUGCCAGGGGCAAUAGGAUCAAUAUGGACUGAUUUUAAACCUCAAAUUGAGUUUCUCAACAAAGAAGGAUUAACAAUAGUGGCUUGGGAUCCUCCUGGUUAUGGAAAAUCUAGACCACCCGAGAAAACAUUUCCUAAAGACUUUUUUAGAAGAGAUGCCACUUGGGCUUGCAAUCUAAUGAAGAUUUUGGGCUUCAAAAAGUUUUCACUGAUAGGAUGGAGUGAUGGUGGAAUAACAUCUCUCAUUCUUGCUGCAACAUAUCCUGAAAAUGUUCGAAAGAUGAUUGUUAUAGGAACCAAUGCAUACAUAACACCUGGAGAAAUGGAAAUAUAUGAAAAACUAAGGGAUAUUAAAACAUGGUCGGAAAGAAUGCGAGUACCUUUAAUUGCAAUAUAUGGAGAAAAAUAUUUUCAAGACACUUGGAGUAAUUGGAUUGAUGCAAUGAGAUUUAUUUUUGAGAAUAAUAAUGGUAAUAUUUGUAAAGAAGACUUGUGCAAGAUAAAGUGUCCGAGUCUCAUCGUACAUGGAGAAAAAGAUACAAUGGUUUUUAGAGAACAUCCUGACUACUUGAAAGCACACAUAAAAAACUCCAAACUUGAAAUAUUUAAAGCUGGAGCCCAUAACUUACAUUUAAAAUAUUCAGAUGAGUUCAAUACCAUGGCUUAUAACUACCUUCUUGAUUAAUAGGAUCCAAAGCUACGAUUCCGGUAAACAUAAAGCUUUUAUUCUUUAAUGUAAGACUUUAAGUGAUAUGAAAAAUGUGAUUUUUUAUAAAAUAUGGGAUAACAAUAUUUUCUGUCUUAAUUGAACAAGGUGUAAAGUUGUAAACUAUAAAAUGGCAAUUUUUGAAAUAUUUUUUGUGAAAUCUUCUUUUAAGUGAACACAGAGUGAAUCUAUAAAAACGAAUAAAUAAAACUUUGCAAUUAAUAUAUUUUUACAUCCUAUUUAUUAGGUCUUUAUUGAUUCAAUUAAGAAAAAAUAUGAUAUUUUAAAAUCCAGUCCAGAAAAUGCUACAUACGAAUACUUCUCUCCUUUCAUUCUCAAUAUUGGUAUUUAUAGUACUAAAUAUUAAGAUUUAGGUACAGUAGAAAAUGAGAGAAAACACACAUUGAGGUAUGGCCUUUUCCAUACCAGACUUGUGAAGAUAAAAUUUUGUUCCACUAACGAAUAGCUGUAUAAAAUACAAAAUCUAUUGCAACAUAGUUUGACAUCACUAAUCUUUUAAUAAAAAUAGAAAUUAGUAUGGAAGUUUUCUAUGAACAAGGGUUACAAAAAUCAUUUAUAAAUAUUUCAUGCAUAUAUAUUAUUCAAUAAAACUUUGUAAAAGGAUACAGUAGUACAUUAAAUACAUUAGUA